AUGAGGGUGUUCAUAUUUAUGAUAACGGUAUUAGCUUCGGCUUUUGCAACACAACUGUUAUCUUCAGAUCACUUAGAGGAGUUGUUUAGGAAAUAUGGAAGAAAGGAGUUGUCGACGACUGAAAGUCGUCAGUUCAGUGAUGUCUUGGAUAUUCUUCGCAGACCUGAAUAUGCUUCAUUUUUGUCUCUCGAAAAAUCCUCACAACCAAGACUGACUCUCGAUUGUUUGAUAUGUCGCUCUGGCUUUACUACGGUAUUUUCGGCUGUAGAAGAAGGGCGCCCAGAUGAAGAAGUUAUCGACGUUGUUAAAACACUGUGCUACAAUUUGGGUGUUGGUAGUUAUAACAUGUGUACCGGAAUUGCUGAACUGAAUAUGCCUAUAAUUACACACAUCAUUAGAACUACGCCCGAAGCCACGCCGAGAACAUUUUGUGGACAUAUUUUUCAAAAUGCAGAAAACUCAAAUGCCUGUCAGGUUAAUGACCCAAGAUUUGAAUGGACGAUUGACCUACCACCACCACCAGCAACUACUCCUCCACCAGUCAAUGAUCCGACACCACUGAAAAUUGCUCUGAUUACGGAUGCUCACAUUGACCCUCUGUACGAAGCCUACGGCGUAGCUCAGUGCGUCGACCCAACUUGCUGCAGAAAAGGGCAAAUCUUGGCACAGAACUCCGAAGAAUUAAAAAUAGACGAUGAGUAUAUGGUUGAGGAAGCUGUUGUUGACGUGAAUGGUGAGACCAUGUUAAAUUUAAGCGUUGCGCCGAACUUACGAGAAAUAAGAAAAUUAAGAAAUUCUCCACAAAUACAAUUGCCAACUAAGAGUACCCCGGAACCUGCUGGAUACUGGGGUGAUUACAGAAACUGUGACACGCCGAUAUGGGCGUUUGACGAUGUUAUUGACAGAAUCGCGGAGACACAUAAGGAUAUAGACUUGGUAUAUUAUGUUGGAGACACGAUUGACCACCACAUUUGGGAAACAACAUAUGACUUAAUCACUGAAAUGAACGGGUAUCUCAUCAAAAAAAUGAGAUCAAGUUUUGGCGAUCAUGUCCCGAUUGUAGCUACUAUUGGAAAUCAUGAAUCUCAACCCACAAACCAGUUCGCGCCAUCGACAGUCACAGAAGAAAAUCUGAACACCACUUGGCUCUACCACAGCCUUGCUAAGAAAUGGGACCACUACCUUACUGAAGACGCAAAAAAAUCUUUAAGGGAGCGAGGAGAAUUCUCUAUGGUAGUGAGGCCUGGACUGAGAGUCAUUUCCUUAAACACAAAUGUAGCUUACAGAUAUAACUGGUGGCUGUCUUACGAUCCCCUCGAUGCGAAAAUACAUUUGGAGUGGUUAGUUAAAGAAUUAUAUGAAGCUGAGGCGGCUGGAGAGAAAGUUCACAUAAUUACCCACAUACCACCUGGAGUUGUCGACUUGACUCACACGUGGACCAGAGAAUAUAACAGGAUAGUCAACAGGUUUACCGCAACUAUUGCAGCUGAAUUCAAUGGACACACUCAUACUGACCAGUUCAAGAUCUUUUUCAAUCAAGAAGGAAGGCCUAUCAACGUAGCAUGGGGCGGCGGCAGCGCCACGAGUUUCUCAUUCUACAAUCUCAACUACAAAAUUUUGGACAUGAAUCCAGUGACAUACGAGCCUGAAAGGAUCGUAAAUUACAUCUACAAUCUCACAGAAGCAAAUCUUACACCGAACAGAAGACCCCAUUGGUUCCAGCUUUAUGACAUGAAAAAUACAUUUCAACUGCCUGAUUUGUCUCCAGAAUCAAUGUAUGAUUUAAUUCGUAAAAUGGCGGAUACCCACCCACAGUUGCUUGAAGUUUAUGCCGCUUUCCAUCCUAAACUGAGUGGCCAAUCGGCCUGCGACGCAGACUGUCAAUUUCGCUUUCUUUGUAACACAGUUGUAACUGUUCUAUGGGAUAGGCAGAGAUGUGAGGAAUUAAGAAACCUUAGGACUAAGCAGCCCACAUAG